AUGUUUGCCUCCGUAGUUAUUACCGCGAUAGUUGUAAUAGCUGUUUACGUUUGGCAGUGGCGUCGUCGGAUAUGUAACCGAUUUCGUUCCAUUCCGGGUCCGCCAGGGUUGCCGCUCGUUGGAAACACUCAUAUGUUCAUCGGGAAAUCAUCGACCUAUGUCUUCAACUUGGCACUCGAACUGGAGCGAGAGUAUGGCUGCGUGUACAAGCUGGACGUGAUGUUUGACUUCUGGUUGUUUUACUGCGCAGCGGAGGACGUCGAACGUAUCAUGACCGGACCGGAGUUUAACUGCAAAGGUCAAGACUACGAUAUGCUGUUGGAGUGGUUGGGAACGGGGCUACUGAUAAGCAAUGGGAACAAGUGGUUUACGCACAGGAAGGCGCUGACACCGGCGUUCCAUUUUAAGAUUUUGGACAAUUUUGUGCCGGUAUUCAAUGAUAAGAGUACUGUGUUGGCUCGAAAGUUUUUGAGACACUCAGGUAAGGUGGUGCACGUAUUUCCUCUGGUAAAGCUUUGCACACUCGAUGUGAUCGUGGAGACCGCCAUGGGGACGGAAUCCAAUGCCCAGAAAGAGGAAUCUGGCUAUACGAUGGCAGUGGAACAUGUUUCGGAAAUUAUAUUCUGGAGAAUGUUCGACGCAGUGUACAACAAUGACUUUAUGUUCCAGUUUAGCAGCAAGUUUAGACCAUAUAAAAAGUAUCUGGCGAUAAUUCGUGAAUUCACUAUGUCUAUCAUAACGAAAAGAAAAAACGCUUUAGUUGAUAAAAGUGGCGAAAACCCACCGAUAGACGAUGCUUUGUUGGGAUCUAAAAGAAAGAUGGCGCUUUUGGAUGUUUUGAUGCGCACUAAUAUCGAUGGACAACCUCUUACUGAUGAAGAGAUUAGAGAAGAAGUCGACACUUUUAUGUUUGCCGGGCACGAUACGACUGCAUCUGCUGUAACAUUUAUUCUAUUCGCGUUAGCAAAACACCCAGAUGUUCAGCAAAAGGUCUACCAAGAAGUCAUUGCAGUAUUUGGAGAUUCAAUCAACACUUCGAUUACUCUUAGCGCUUUAAAUGACCUGAAAUACCUCGAUCUAGUGAUUAAAGAAGCGCUGCGCAUGUAUCCACCGGUCCCAUUUAUAUCUCGGAAAACCAUAAAAGAGGUCGACCUCUCCGGCACAACCAUCCCGAUUGGUUCCAACAUCACCAUCGGAAUCUACAACAUGCAUCACAACCCGAAAUACUUCCCGGAGCCGGAGAAGUUCCUCCCCGAGCGUUUCGAAGCGGAGCGUGGCAUCGAAAAGCGGAAUCCCUAUGCGUACGUACCCUUCAGUGCCGGAGGUCGCAACUGCAUCGGCCAGAAAUUCGCUCAAUACGAGGUUAAAUCGACGAUCUCGAACAUAAUGCGGCACUGCCGAGUUGAGCUACCGCACCCGGACUAUGAGCUACCACUGAAGGUCGAGAUGAUCCUCAAACCACAAGAUGAUAUGCCUUUGAUAUUUUACCCACGAUGAGCAAUUAAAUGUAUACGUUAGGAUAAGGAUUAUACUAGAAAUGUUUCAUUUUGAGAAGUGAUCAUUUCA